AUGGUCAACCACCACCAUUGCCAUAUCAAGAUCUAUCUAGUUACAUACAAAUCCAAACUUCGGCCACCGCUACGAUUGUCGGAACCAGUGUCGAAAGGUUUGAACGUACGUCAGCCUGAUUGCAAUCAUAGUCCUAGGACACUUCACUCCAUAUUGCAGCCUUUGUUCUCUUUGAAUCCUCUCAAUUUUUUCGGUGAGCCUUCAACACCUCCACCGAAUCUGAUACGGCCUGGGCCAUAUCAGUAUCCCAUGCCUGCCUACCAUAAAUCUAAUCCCCUCCGCUGUCAUACCAUUUACUAUUGA